CAUAAUGUAGCAGCUCCAAGCACUGAAGCCACGAUGGGAAGACAACACAAGUAUAUCAUUGCCGACCCCAAGCCCCCGACUGAUUCUACAGAUGUCGAUCUCAAACUCAAAGAUGUGGAAGAAGGAGAGGUUGAAAAGAAACGCUACAUGUGCGGCGGUUUCUUUGGAUUCUCGUGUCUUGCGAUUGUGGCAUUUAUAAUUGGAGCUAUUCUGGUUGCCGGAAUUUCUGCAAUUGCAACACUGGGAGCGCUUGGAUAUUUGGACAUGAUGAAAGGUACCAUAAGACCAAAGCCAACAUACACCACAAAGACAGAAACGCCAACUGUUACGUCAGUGUAUAACGUCACAACACAAUCACCAAAUGUUACUAUAACAACAACGGAAUUACCAACAAAAACGGAGUUAACAACGGAGUUACCCGUUAUUACCUCUUCACUGUCACCCGUGACGACAUCCCAUUCGACGACUCCAAAAAUAACAACAGCUAUACCCUCUCUGGGAUACAAUUACUCCGAAGUACUCCACAAGUCUAUUUUGUUUUAUGAAGCUGAGAGAUCCGGUGAACUUCCACCAGACAACCGCAUACCCUACCGUCGAGAUUCCGCCAUGGAAGAUCAAGGUUUGAACGGCGAAGACCUAACGGGCGGAUGGUACGAUGCUGGAGACCAUUUGAAAUCUACGUUUUCCACAGCAUACGCUGUGUCCACACUCACUUGGGGAUUUCUAGCCUUCCCCGAUGGUUAUAGGGAAGCUGGCGAAUAUGACAGGUUCUUGGACUCAAUAAAAUGGCCUUUAGAUUGGUUAUUGAAAGCUCAUACGAUACCAGGAGAGGAACUAUAUGUACAGGUUGGCCUGCCAAGUGCUGACCACCGAUACUGGGGGCGUCCUGAAGAAAUGACAAUGGAUCGACCUGCUUAUAAAAUCGACGCUGAGAACCCUGGAUCUGACGUAGCCGGACAAACCGCUGCCGCAAUGGCUGCAGGGUAUUUGGCAUUUCGCGACUCAGAUCCUGACUAUGCCGACACACUCUUAAAUAACUCAAGAUUGUUGUAUACUUUCGCCAGUACAUACCGAGGUCGGUAUAGUGACGUUUUGGACACCGUUAUCUACACGUCGGGUGCAUACGGCGAUGAGCUAGCCUGGGCAGCCGUUUGGCUGCACCUAGCAACCGGCGAGCAGUCAUACCUCGACGACGCUAUGGAGUUCUACGAAGAAUUUGAAUUGUGGAAAAAUCCCAGACAUUUACUUCUUCUGUACAAUAUCACAAACGACGGACAGUACAGUUCUAAGUUUAAAAAGUGUAUGAAUAUGUGGCUUCCCGGUGGAGGAAUUAACCGAGUGUUCAAUGGCCAGCUUGCCGUGUACCUUGAUUGGGGCUCGUUGCGUUAUACAUCAACAAUGGCUUUUCUGGCGUUGGUGGCAGCAGACAUUGGAAUACGUCCUACAGCUUAUCGAGACUUCGCAAUCAGUCAAAUAAAUUUCAUGUUGGGCGAUGGAGGGCGUAGUUACGUUGUGGGAUUUGGUGAGAAUCCCCCACAAAGAGUACAUCACAGAGCCGCUUCCUGUCCAGACAUGCCCACGUCAUGUCGAUGGAAUUAUUUUGGUAGUAGUGAACCCAACCCACAGAUACUGUACGGGGCUCUUGCUGGUGGGCCAAAUAAGGCUGGAGUUUACCAGGACUCUCGGUCAUCUUAUGAAACAAACGAGGUUGCCAUAGAUUACAAUGCUGGCUUCCAGUCGGCCAUUGCCGGUAUGUUAAAUCUACAGGUUAUCGGUGUUGACACUUCAACGUAACUCGCUGUGGACAAGAACUAAGGGAAUGUGAACGCGCUAACGCGAAGACGCUGCCAAAUAAUUUUAACAAACAUUUUAACAUACCCGGAUGUUCAAUACUGAAAAAGUACUCAGAACUACUCAAGAAAAGAAACAAGUUCAAUGUACUGUUGUUCCUGAAAUUUCCAAGAACCGGGCAUUGUGGUUUCCACAAGGAUAAGAGC